AUGAUGCAGAGAAUGAUGCAGAGAAUGAUGAUGGUGAUGAUGAGGAUGACUAUGAUGGAGACCAUAAACGAAAGCGAAGAUCCCCAUCAAGAGAAAGACAUACACCAAAACCUAGAACACAAGAGAAACCAGCACCAGGACCUCACCAUUCAAGACCAGCAUCGAGACCCCACCCCUCAAAAGCCACAUCAAGACCUCUCCACCCAAAACCAACAUCCAAACCCCGCAAUUCAAGACCCCAUCCUUCAAGAGCAACUUCAAGACCCCACCCUUCAAAAGCAACUUCAAGACCCCAUCAUUCAAGGCCCCACCCCUCAAGAGCAACUUCAAGACCUCACCCUUCAAAAGCAACUUCAAGACCUCAUCAAUCGAGGCCCCAUCCUUCAAAAGCAACUUCAAGACCCCAUCCUUCAAGACCUCACCCUUCAAAAGCAACUUCAAGACCUCAUCAAUCGAGGCCCCAUCCUUCAAAAGCAACUUCAAGACCCCACCCCUCAAGAGCAACUUCAAGACCUCACCCUUCAAAAGCAACUUCAAGACCUCAUCAUUCGAGGCCCCAUCCUUCAAAAGCAACUUCAAGACCCCAUCCUUCAAGAGCAACUUCAAGACCCCACCCUUCAAAAGCAACUUCAAGACCCCAUCAUUCAAGGCCCCACCCCUCAAGAGCAACUUCAAGACCUCACCCUUCAAAAGCAACUUCAAGACCUCAUCAAUCGAGGCCCCAUCCUUCAAAAGCAACUUCAAGACCCCACCCCUCAAGAGCAACUUCAAGACCUCACCCUUCAAAAGCAACUUCAAGACCUCAUCAUUCGAGGCCCCAUCCUUCAAAAGCAACUUCAAGACCCCAUCCUUCAAGAGCAACUUCAAGACCCCACCCUUCAAAAGCAACUUCAAGGCCUCAUCAUUCAAAACAAACUUCAAAACCUCAACAUUCAAGACCAACUUCCAGACCCCAUGCAACAACCAAAAGACCCAGACCCCAUGUGA